UCACGUUGUGAUAUGAUAUGUGUAGAGAUCUAGUCAGUGGACGGUCGUGAUCGAUAGUGCACGUGUGCGGAUGUGGACAAGCACUGAUCAGUAUAUCGCGUCAUGUUAUGAAAUAAUGAGUCAUUAAAUUAUGGCACUUGAACUGUUACAGAAAUCAGUGGAGACAGUGCUGGAACCGGCAGGAUUCGAAAUUCACCCUUUCAAAAUCGGUUGGUACAACGAUAGGGUUCAGUCUGCUUUCCACUUGGCUUAUCAUGAUGAUACACUUGCAUUUUGUGUUCUGAGCACUCCGUGUAUGUUUGAGAAGACCUUCAUGCCAUAUGUAAGAUCACUCACAGCUUUGACGAGCAGGGACCCUAUAGAUGAUUGUGUGGCACAGCAGUACAAUCGUCUGAAAGAGAGUCUUCCAGAUUACAUGAUUGAGACCAUCCAAGACUAUGAGCUACAUCCAAACAGGAGACCAAAGAUCCUUGUACAGACGGUUGGCCAUGUGUCCGGAGCAGCGUAUUACUACCAAAGAUCCAAUAUGAAGCACGAUCCGUGGGGAGAUAAGAAAAUAUUUGGUGUCAGCAUCCACCCAAAAUACGGAGGAUGGUUUGCAUUCCGUGGUGUCCUGAUCUUCCCCGGGGUACAGCUGCCCCUGGUGCAGCAGGAUCCCCCAGACGUGAUCAAGACGGACGAAGCCUUAAAGGACCUCCUGGACCAGUUCAACGACAACUGGAUGGAGAACAAGUACAGAGACUGCAUUGAGGUCCGGGAGCGGUACUCCCCGGAGCAGAUUGAAUACUUCCAGACGCCACCUGCACAGAGGGGCAAGCUUCUCGGAUUCACCGGCGAAAAAACUAUGGUGGAGAGAACAGCGGACCGUUGUCACUAGCCCUGUGACCGAUCCCAUCCAGCUCCUUGCCGUGAAACGUGCAAAUCUCUGCGACAUACCAGCCAGUGUCAAACGCGACUCCUUUUUCACUGAAACUGAUUGCUGCUAAAUGGAGAGUGUAAAAGAUAUUUAUACUUCUUUUCUUUCAAUAACCGUAUAGUGGCUUUUUAAACUUGCCUGUGCUUGGAAAGAAGCACCUGAUUUAAUAAGGUGUUGGGUACUGGAUUAUACAAAGUGUAAAAUGGUUAAUCCGUGUGAGUGAAAGCAAAGGACCAAGGCAAAAGAGAGAAAAAACCUUGAAUGGAAGUAUUUAUUUCAACUAGAAAGAGGGAUCGACACAGGGGAUGUGAUUCUUAAUAAAAGGUCUGUUUAUGCUUGUCUAUGGGAAACAAAAGCCCGCACCUCAAUGACAACUUCUCUAGCCACGGUCUUAUCUAUCUCUUCCAUCUUCGAAAAAACAUUACAUUUGUUACAUGUAGUUCACGACCAUUUGAAACUGUGCUGGUACUUUUUAUCAUUCAUACGUGUCUUAUCUUAUCACAAU